UCUUGAAUAUUAUUUAUCUAGCUUUUUCCCCUUCUCUUGCUUGUUUUGUCAUUCAGCAUUAGGGAUGCACUUUUGUGAUUUGCAUGGUUAUAAAAGGCUGGGAAAUAAAUGUUGAGAACUUAAGAAGGGAAUAAUCUUGUAUUUUGAAUUAGUUUUAGAACGGACACAAAUCAUCGUUUUUUUCCACUAUGAUGUUAUCAUACCUAUCUUUCCUCAACUAUCUCUCUUUCCUCAACUAUCUCUCUCUUUCCUCAACUAUCUCUCUCUUUCCUCAACUAUCUCUCUCUUUCCUCAACUAUCAAGGGGACAAGGAGAACCAGACAAACACUUGGAUUACCAAGGAGAAGAAGCACCAGAUCUCAGUAAGCCUGAAAUUUGUGACCCUGACUGAAGUGGUUGAGCUGAGCUGCGAGUCCUCAGCCCUUGUAGAGGGUCAGCAGUGUUUGUUCCAUGUGGAUUCUGAAUUCAAGGAGCUUGGUCGCUCAAAUGCCAGCCACAACCACUGCUCCCUCCCAGUAAGGGGGUCAGAGCUGCUUGGGUGGAAGCACAGAGGGCUGUGGUCAAAGGUCACCGUCCACUGUCAUUACGAAGAGGAGGAGGGCAUCCACUCACCUCCCAGCAAAAAUGUCACGGUGGUUGUGUGGAACACAAACAUGCUGACUAAGUACAUCAUCGGAUGUAUGGCCCUGAUAGGAUUCAUAAUUCUACUUGCAGUAUUCAUAUUCUGCAUCACCUGUCUCCUCUCGCUGAAAGCAAAGAGGAACGGAUGCCUCGUCAUAACAAGUGACCAGACAUUGCAAGGAGACCCUACCCUAACAACAAGUGACACAACAAAUCCUGCAGAAUCUCCACAGGAAAAGGAGACAAUAGAGGAAGGUGAAGAUGAUUUGUGCUAUGCCACUGUGUCCCAUGCUGGUGCUCCUCCAUCCCACUCAGUCAAGUUUGAGCAAGGACAUGACUAUGCCACAGUGGUCAUACACUGACCAGCAUAUGCAGACCUGAAUGGACAUAAAAUGACUUCCAUGGAUAGACUUCUUGACUUUUACACCCCCAUUUCAAUUUUCUUUCCAAGAAAUCAAUUGCAUAAAUCAAUUUGCAAUGAUCUUUUGAUCAUCCAAUUUGUCACAUUAAGAGAACAAUAAAGUUUUUGUAUUCCA